AGUGUCACGGCGAGUGUGAGAAAAACACACCGAAAAUAUACCAAUUUACCCUAUUUAUAGUGAAAAUUCCAUGAAUUUAUCCGGAUUAGCGUAAUAGGAUGCAGACCAUUGCGAGAAUGUCGACGAUACGCUCUACACUCCGACUGCAAAAACAUUUGCUGAGUAAAUUGCCCACCAAUGCCGCGGUGUCUUCAGAAAGAUACUACUCUCAGCAGCGACCCGGAUUCUUCUCCCAGUUCAUUGAGAACAUCAAGCAGGAGAUGGAGAAGAAUAAGGAGAUGAAGGAGAGCUUGAAGAAAUUCCGACAGGAGGCUGAGAAACUGGAACAGUCGGAUGCUCUCAAGUCUGCGCGGCAGAAGUUCAAUGCCGUGGAAUCGGAGGCCUCCAAGGGAUCGGAGGUGCUGAAGGAGAGACUGGAGGGGUUCAAGGAUAGAAUGCAAGACGUCCUGGAUGAGGCCUCCAAGUCGGACAUUGGGAAGAAAGCCAGUCAGUUUGGCGAGGAGCUGUCGAAGUCAGCGAGAGGAGUUUCCGAUUCCAUAGCGGAGAAGAGUCAGCAAAUUGGCAAGAGCGGUGCCUUCCAGAGCAUCUCCCAUGCCACGGAGGCGGUGAAGAAGGAGAUAGGAUCACAGACAAUGGCGGGACGGGUUUACCGAAGCCCGGCGAAGCUGCGGAAACGCGUGGAAGUGGCAGCUGCCAGCACAGAGAGAGUGUUCGAGGCGAAUGACGAUGCGCGAGGGAUUGAAUUGCACAAGGACAGCAAAUUCUACCAAUCGUGGGAGGAUUUCAAGAAUAACAAUGCAUAUGUGAACAAAGUCCUCGAUUGGAAGAUGAAAUACGAGGAGUCGGAGAAUCCAGUGAUUCGAGCAUCACGCCUGCUGACCGACAAAGUGUCGGACGUGAUGGGGAAUCUCUUCUCGAAGACAGAACUGUCGGAGACGCUGACGGAGAUCUGCAAGAUUGACCCCAAUUUUGAGCAGAAGCAAUUCCUGCGCGACUGCGAGACGGACAUCAUCCCCAACAUUCUGGAGGCGAUGGUGCGCGGCAACCUGGACAUCCUCAAGGAUUGGUGCUUCGAGAGCACGUUCAAUGUGAUAGCGACGCCGAUUAGUCAGGCCCAGAAGGCGGGCUACUAUCUGGACUCGAAGAUCCUGGACAUCGAGAACAUCGAUCUGGCGAUGGGGAAGGUGAUGGAACAGGGCCCGGUGCUCAUCAUUACGUUCCAGUCGCAGCAGAUCAUGUGCGUGAGAGAUUCCAAAGGCAGCGCGGUGGAGGGUGAUCCCGAGAAGGUGAUGAGGGUGAACUACGUGUGGGUGCUGUGUCGAGAUCCCAGCGAAUUGAAUCCCAAGUCGGCGUGGCGGCUCAUGGAUCUCUCGGCCAACAGCACAGAGCAGUUCGUCUGAGAGCCAUCGACUCCGCGUCAGCCAGAGGAAUACCGUGGCGGUCACAAGACGUGCAACUGUCCAGCAAAGUGUUCUUCAAAUGUGUUGCAUCUUUUGUCACCGCCACUGUAUGUUAGAAUAGUGAAAAAAAAUCUGCCACACACUUUGAGAGAAUGAGAGAUUUGUUGGACUUUUGUUAGGGAGAUUGUAUAAAUUGUCACUGUUAUUGUAUGAUGAUGGAAGGGCAAAAAAUCCAACUGAUCAA